GGGACUGUUUGUGAAGACAGAAAACUAAAACAGGGUGCUGCGAGCGAAGCAAGAAACAUAUGAAGAAAAUGACAUUCUAAUUCUAUGCUAUUGCUAGCGGACCACACUCAAAAUCCCACAUUGUAUUUUCUUUCUCCCUUUCUCGGAUCCCAUCCGUUUCCUUCCGAUUCUGAGCCGUCAAAGAAUCAUCCGUAGAUUCAAAUGCUUGCCCUGUUAUAGCCGCGACACGAGAUGAGCACUAGUUGUGUUGGAACUUUGCUUCAUUUUUAGUGGCCAUACAAUUUUAGAACAUUGAGAGGACAUUUAAAGUGGAAUACUUUCCAGCAAUCAUUGAAUCAUCAUUAAAGGGAAUGGUUAUUUAUUAUGAAGAAGAUGGAACUCAAUACUCCAAGUCCCCUUACCAAGGAGAAGCGACCUUUAGAGUGUUCCUCAUCUGCCAAUCAAGAAAACAAGUGCACAGAAAGAGAUUCAAGCACUUCUAUAUUUGUCAAUGAUGCUGCAACUGCUUGGCAUAAGAGUAGAAGAGAGUGGGUUGGAGAUCAAUCUCAAAAGUCACAGAGGAUGGCAAAAGAUCCAAUCAUAAGCUGGUCAAUGACUUAUGAAGAUCUGCUCUCAAGUAAUGAACCUUUCUCUGAGCCAAUUCCUUUACCUGUAAGCUUCUUCACAUACUCUGACAAACACAUGCAAGUGUAUUGUAGAUUUUUUUGUGCAUCUGGAAACCUGCGUUUGAAGCUGGAGAAAGAAAAAAUAAAUAAACAAACUAGCACUUGGCUAAAAAUGAAACAGAGAAGUCAACUAAUGAUGAGAACCUGUGUAUUAUCUUUAUGUUAUUUUUAUAUUAGCAAACAGCACAUCACCCAGAAUGAAAUAGAGAAGUCAACUGAUGAUGAGAAUCUGUAUAUUUCUUUACACCAUGUUUGGAGAUGCCUUGGAUUUGGAAAAAUGUAAUAUAAAAUUGUAUUGAAAUUUGUCAAAAUCCAUUCGAAUCCAAAUCUAAGGUCCAAAAUCUAUGCUCCCAGAUGCAGCAUUAGGGCUUGUUUGUUUUGGUGGCUAGGCCAGGCCAGGCUAGGCUAGGACUGGCCAAGAGUGAGGGUCUUGGCCCAUUUAUGUGAGGUAUAGGGCUGGUUGGUUUUCUCUCACCGGCCUGAAAUGGCUAGGCCAUCUAAUGAACAAAGAAAAAUAGAAAAGGACCAUGACUGCCCCUCUGCACCUCCUUACAAACCUUGAGUUCCUCUUCCAUAUGCUGAUCACCUGCUCCACCUUACUCCAAUUGUCUUCUCCGUCAAGUUUAGUUGUACCCCUCUCUCUCUCUCUCUGGCUCAACUUCUCUUGCUUCCAUUCAUGUUCUGACUGUGUUGGUCAUGUGCUCCACUUGGCCAGUGAGAUCUGGCCUUGAUUUUGGGCUCAGAUCUGGCCAUGAUUUCUUGUAAUCUGUAGUCACUGUGGAAACAUCAACAUCCGAAAUGGGACUUUUGGUCCAAAAUUGGAUUUGUGCCCAGCUAUAAGAUGUUGGUCAUCUGCCCCAGACUGCAGUAGCUAUUCAUCCUUCAACUUCCCACAAUCAUUUAAAAAAGGGGGAAAAUGAUAGUGGCAUAAUUUUAUUUAUUUAUUUAUUUAUUUAAAAUUAAGAUAGCUAUGGUCUAAGUUUGCAGACAAAUACAUCCUUUUUUUUUUGUAAUUUUUGGUUGCUUGGUUUGGUGAGUGCAGAUCAUUAUGUUUAAUUCAAAGACGAAUAAAAUUUUCAUAUAUUUUUUCAUUAAGGGUAUUGCGAUCUUUUUUGAAUGAUUAGCCUAGUCAAUGUGCAGUGCACCAAUUAUCAUUCAAGAUACAACUGUAGUUAUCUUUGUCCUUUAUACAUGACAAUUCAAACUUGAGGACAGGAUAAUUAUUGUAGCCAUUCCAGUCCAGUUCAAUCCACUCUUCUAAAUCUUAGCCACCGAAAUACUUGUAACAUUUUUUUAAUCAAAAAGUUGGAGUUAGAAAUGGCUGACAGAUAUCUAGGGAAGAGAAAAUAGUUUGAUCUAGUUAUGCUGGAGCAUGCGAAGAUGGCAUAAUUAUUUUGAAAUAGAUUAUGGGCACUGUUGGCAUCUUGUGAAGUUUGAUUAAAUUUCUGGAAUUCCCUUUCUCUUCUUUUAUGGUUCUUGUGCAAAUGUAGUUAAAUUUUAUUCAUUGGAUUGUGCAGGAGAUGGUGGAUUUUUUAGUUGAUAUAUGGCAUGAUGAAGGUCUCUUUGAUUAGGUAAUGGUGAUACUUUCUCAUUUAGGUGGCAAGAUGGAGAUAAUCGGUGCAGAAAAUUUCUAUGCCUGUCACGAUCUUUAACAUGCAGAGUUAGAUCGAUCCAAUUUCUUCAAUAUAUCCUUCCAUGUACAACUUCCACUCAGGUUUUUGUUUGUUUCCUGCUCCUGAUAUGGCUUCUUAGUGUCGGGAGGUUCAAUAUCAACAUCAACAUGUAACUUGAUCAGUAUAGCUCUCGUUUAACCGAAGAUUGACAAAUUCAUUCUCUGUGAUACCAAUUCAUUUUGAAAGAAAAUGCUGCCAAAAUUUGAGAUGAUUUACAAUCUCAUUUGUUUAAUUGCAUCAUUAAGAUUGGCACACAAUCUUUGUGAGAGUUGUUCUACCCACAAAGUCAUGCAAAUUCUUCAGUAAAGGUCAAAAACAGUUGGUGUUGUGACUAAGAUUAUAGGCACCUUCAUCUACUGGUGUACACCUUAUUUCAAAUUUCUUCAUGUUAUUCACAGCCUCUUAAUCACUACUGCUGCUGCGGCCUUUAUAAUGAGAAUAGUUUGUAUCUGCAAGGAUUAGUGAUUCAUGCAAAAA